GGUGAGCCGUCUCCCCGCUCCGCUCCGACGGAUGAAUCAGCUCCACGUUAGCUCGUCAGCUAACGGGUCGGGACCGAGGCAGAGCCAUGAAAAGCUGCUGGCGCCAGUGAAAGUUUGACUCGAGUCUCCUCUCCCUCCUUCCACGCACAACAAAAAAAAAAAGGAGGCUCGCUUAUCAUGUCGUCGCCUCCUCGAGGGGAAACUUUUCUGUAGGAUUUCUCUUCAGGAGGAGGAACGAGCUAGCUGGGGUGCUAGCAUUCGGCUACAAACUACUUUGUAAUUGGCUUUCGGCUCAAUGGCUUGUUUUUGCUCGUCAUAGCGACGGCUUGGGGGAAACUGGGAGAGGCCCUGAACGAACUUCAUGACAAGCCCAAGGCUGCGAAACUUCGGACAACUCGACGAAAAUCACCAUGAAGAAGCAGUUCAACCGGAUGAAGCAGCUCGCCAAUCAAACUGUAGGCAGAGCGGAGAAGACAGAAGUCCUCAGCGAUGACCUCCUACAGAUCGAGCGGCGCAUGGAGCUGGUUCGUGUGGUGUCCCACAACACACACAAAAAGAUGGUGUCAUGUCUGCAGGGACACAUCGGAGCAGACGCAGAGAAGAGACAUUCCGUUCCACGCCUCUAUACAGGAAAUGGUCAGAAAAAGCUUCCCCUCACUGCACUGUCCCAGGCGAUGGUGGAGGGUGGAAGCCAGCUUGGAGAGGACUCCUUGAUAGGGAAGAUGAUGGAAGUUUGUGGAGAGGCUGAGAACCGUCUGGCAUCAGAACUGAUGCAACACGAGCUGCAGAUCGAGAAAGACGUUCUCGACCCACUCAGCCAGCUCGCAGAGGUAGAAAUUCCCAACAUCCUGAAGCAGAGGAAACAGCUGGCCAAGAUGGUGCUGGACUAUGAUUCAGCCAGAGCGAGGUGGUUGCAGGCAACCAAGUCAAUAAUCUCAGGAACAAACACCCAAGCACUGACAGCCAAGGCUGACCUGCUCAAAGAGGAGGUGGACGAAGCUAUGAACAAAGUAGAGCUGUGCAAGGAUCAGCUCGCUGCAGACAUGUACAGUUUCUUCUCAAAAGAAGGCGACUACGCCCACUACUUUGUGACGCUCUUAGAAGCUCAGGCUGAUUACCACAGAAAGUCUCUCACUGUUCUGGAGAGUGUCUUACCCACCAUCCAGGCUCAGCAAGACUCAUGGAUGGAAAAACCUGCGUUUGGCACAGCUCUGGAUGAUCAUCUGAAAAGAAGCGGACGAGAGAUCGCUCUGCCGAUAGAGGCCUGCAUCAUGAUGCUUCUGGAGACGGGCAUGAAGGAAGAGGGUCUAUUCAGAAUCGCAGCUGGGGCUUCCAAGUUAAAGAAGCUAAAGGCAGCGCUAGAUUGUUCCACUUCACAACUGGAGGAGUUCUACUCUGACCCUCACGCUGUUGCUGGAGCACUGAAGUCAUACCUGAGAGAACUCCCUGAACCUCUCAUGACCUACCAGUUUUAUGAAGAGUGGAUCCAGGCGUCCAGUGUGUCGGACCCGGACAAACGGCUGCAGGCGCUGUGGCUUGUUUGUGAUCAGCUACCAAAGAACAACAAAAACAACUUGAGGUAUUUGGUGAAAUUUUUAGCCAGACUAGCUCAGGAGAGUGAAGUGAACAAAAUGACUCCUAGCAAUAUCGCCAUUGUGUUGGGACCCAAUCUGCUGUGGGCCAAGACCGAGGGGAGUCUGGCUGAGAUGGCUGCAGCCACAUCUGUGCACGUGGUGUCCAUAGUUGAGCCCAUCAUCCAGCACGCUGACUGGUUCUUUCCUGAGGAUGUGGAGUUCAACGUGUCGGGCAUGUUCGUGAUGCCCACACCUGCUUCCAGCCAGGACUACGACUGCAGCACCAUCGAGAGGAAGCGGCCCGGCAGCAUGGUGGGACCAGAGAACGACGCCGCGCGCAAAGACAACACCCCUAACAAGCACUCGGACCACACCCUUCGUAGAGGCAGUAACACCUUAGGUAGAAAGCAGCACACUUCACCUGCCUUCCAGCCUCCUUUACCCCCCGUGGAGACUCAGGGGCUGGGACACGGGGCUCCUCAGCCCUCAGCUGAACCCCAGCCACAAACUCCACUGGGGGGUUCAGGGUCUGACACUUCCCAGCAUAGCUUGGCUCAGAGUCUGGCUGCUCUGGCAGCUGCUCAGCAGCUCCUCGCCCAGCAGACAGAGGAGUUCAGCAACCCAAAGCUGCGUGACUCUACCCCCACCCCCACUCCUGUGCUUCAGAGGAAUGGUACUGGUGGAGGGGGCCCUGCAGCAACCUCUGGUACUGGAUCCAUGGGACCCAGUCCACACAUGAUGCGUCGAGGUACCAAGAAGCAGGCUCCUGCCCCUCCCAAACCAUCGAACCCUCCUCCCAGCCAGCCUUGCAACUCGACAAACCACGCCUCAUCCUCUGGCUCAUCCCAGUCCCUCAGCCCCACUGCCAGACCCCCGCCCAGCCACUCCCCCACCUCCCCCUCCUCUCCCACCUCCCAGCCGUCUGCCACCCCAAGGCGCCACUCCAACAAUCAGCCUCCGAUCCAGGCUCCAAACCACCCACCUCCAGAGCCUCCAUCACUGGCCAGCCCCCCAGCGCAGCCUGCUUCUGUCAGCCAGGCCGUCGGGGACCAGCAGGGCCUGGAGCCUUCACCUCCAGGCACCCCGUCCCCACCGGACACCCCUCCUCCACCCUCUAACACCAACCAGGAGGUCGCGGCUCCUCCGUCUCCGUCUCCCUAUCAUUCGAGCUCACUCCCGCGACCGCGGCCGGUCCCCAAGCCUCGGAACAGACCCACCAUCCCCCCACCCCCUCAACCCAACACGAGCAACGAGACCAACGGAAUCUGCGCCUCUGCUUACAAAACGAUGGACCCGGUGAUGUCUUUCAAGGGGCUCAGUCGAGCUUUAGUCCCUGAGCUCGAUGCAGACCAGCAGCCAGUGACAGCCUCCUCUUCAUCCCACCUGCCUCAUCCCAAAGACUGUGACCUGGACACUGAGAGCACUGUUCUAUAAGGAGACGACACAACCGGACCAGGACUCCAGUCUCGUUUCACCGCAGCCCUGAGGACAAACAUGUCCACCUCAGAUGAAGGACGUUGGUGGCUCAAAUCUUUGAAGACCUCUUAAGAACCAAAGCAUCUGAUUUGCGUUUAUUGCGCGUUUUAUGUGAGACAUGCAAAUAUUUGUAGCAGUUUCUUAACACGAAACGCUUUUCUACUCAUCACUCGCAGCUCUGCUCCUAAUCCAGUCGUUCACAGCAGCUGUGUCUUAUCUGCUACGUCUCGUCCUUUCGGUUGCUUACCAACAGAUUCUUGACGGUGCCUGGUGCAGGUUGUGACACGCAGAUGUUUAAAACACCCCCGGCUCGCACAGACGCUGCCACAUUCUGUCUUUUUACAACCCGUCCUGCAGAAGCAGCUCGAGACAAUCAGCAGCAGAGUGGGCUGACGCGUGACUGAGUCGCUUUGCCAAAAAACGCAGAUGAGACUCCUUUAUAGAUCAGUGCGAGGUGUUCGGAACAAAAUGGCCUUAAACAAACAAAGAUG